UUCGGACACAACUCUCUCUUUUCUCUCUCUCUUUCUCUCUCUCUCUCUUUCUCUCUCUCUCUGUCUCUCUCGCGCUCUCUCCCUGAUGAAAUCCGCGCAGCCUUAUUUGGUGGACGAAUAAAAACAAGGACUUUACAAAGUAAGGGAAUUGGCCAAAUUAAACACCGGGUAAUUAUGACGCGGUUAUAUCACUCACAUCUGCUCCCAGUGAGUGAUUCGCCGGUGACCCCGCCAGCUCAAGCUGUCGUAGCGGGCAGGGCUGGAAGCGCCGUUUGGUCUGGCGAUCCGGUGCGCAUAGACUAACAAUGCCUUCGGGCAAACUUUCCCAACGAUACCUGAAGUCCACAGGACCACCUCUCUUUUAAAGUAUCACAGAGGAACUGGUGCCUAUCUACAGUAGUUAUUGAACAUGAUGCAGGGUAUGACUUGGACAAGUCACCAUUUUUUUUCAGGCCAGUACACACACAUAGGAAAAACUAUAAUUCAUACCUUCACACACUCUCUCAAGACAACUUUGAGAGACUGAUUAACAUAAUGUGCGGGUUUAUGAACUUUAGGAGGAAACCAGAGUACUGAAAAAGAGCACAUGAUAACAGUGCUAAUAACGGCAACAUCCAUUCCUAAGGUCAAUAAUUGCAACUUCAAAAGGCUGCAGAAACAUGUUGAAAAGUAUUCUUAAUCAAAGUUAUGCCUUUGAGAUUGACUUCUUCCUUUGCUACUGAUUUUUCUAUUAUGCCAUUUCCAAAAAGAAGGCAAUCUUCUAUGAAACAAUCAAAGAUAAAAUAAGGCAUUUUUAGAUAUGGUAAUAUUCUUACCUUAAGAAAGGUAAUGUAUAAAAAGUCUCUAACCACUAAUCAAAACUGACAAAUUCUCUUUACUCUGUCUUUUCUUUUAUAGGUGUUGAAGGAAAGCUAAGAACAGCAAUGGCUUCCUGUUUGUCCUAUGAGUCUUCCUAAAGACUCAACUCUGGUGGGCUGAUGCUGCUACAUAUUUUGACAACUGAGUUAUCCCUCUGUUACUCAAAGUGUGAGAUUCUCUUAUCCUGGUAGUUUUAAGGUAUUGCACUGGCUGAACCCCAGCCAUGGAGGUGGCCCUGGUUGACUUUGAGAGCCUGGAGGACAUUAAUGGCACCCUUGAGGAUGAGAUUGACACCUAUGCUGAUGAGACAACAGCUCUCACAGUGGAUGUUCCUCCAGAGCAAAACAGCUCUGACAUCAAUAACCGUCUACGACCCCAUCAACUCUCCUCCACCCCUUCACAUUACAGCCCAAUGCCCUCCUACAUUUGGGAAUCCACCUCCUCUUCACCCAUUCCACCAACGCAGAGACUGGAAGUACCUCAGUCACCAGUGAUGCCAUCACCAAGCAGAAAGGGUCGCAGUAGUUGUGCCAGCAUUAUCUCCAACUGGAAGCUGCUGUUAAACAGUGAAGGCAUGAAGGAAAGUGAAACAAUCUUCAGUCGGCUCACGAAGGAGUGCUGUGAGGAUCUGUUUGCAGAUAAAAGAGGGUUGGAUGAUGGAGACCAGAAAGUCAUCAUCAACAUAGCUGGUCUUCGCUUUGAGACACAGCUCAAAACACUGGACCAGUUCCCUGAAACACUUCUUGGAGACCCCUGUAAGAGGACAGAGUACUUUGAUCCAAUGAGGAAUGAAUACUUCUUUGAUCGGAAUCGACCAAGUUUUGAUGGGAUCUUGUAUUACUAUCAGUCUGGCGGCAAAAUUAGAAGACCAGCUAAUGUUCCCCUUGAUGUGUUUGCUGAUGAAAUUGUAUUCUAUGAGCUCGGACAUGAAGCUAUGGAACAGUUCAGAGAAGAUGAAGGAUUCAUAAAAGAUGUUGACAUACCUCUCCCUAAAAAUGAAAUCCAUAGGCAAUUUUGGCUCCUGUUUGAAUACCCAGAGAGCUCCAAUGCAGCACGGGGUGUAGCGCUAGUUUCUGUCUUGGUCAUUGUCAUAUCUAUCAUCAUAUUCUGCAUGGAGACACUGCCAGAGUUCAGAGAUGACACUGAACUCUUUUUUCCAACAGUGGUUCAACAUGUCAACCAGUCCAAAGUAUCCCACUCUGGCUCUUUAGCUGGUGCAAAGCUCAAAACAUUAUCCGAUCCUUUCUUUUUUGUUGAAACUGUCUGCAUAGCUUGGUUUGCCUUUGAGUUGAUUGUUCGGUUUGUGGUGUGCCCGAGCAAAAGUGAGUUUUUCCACAACCUCAUGAACAUGAUCGACAUUAUAUCCAUUAUCCCCUAUUUUGUAACUUUGAUGACAGAACUGGCCACAACCCCUCAGGAGAGCUCAGGACAGAACAUGUCUUUGGCCAUUUUGCGUAUCAUCCGCUUGGUCAGGGUCUUCCGUAUUUUCAAGCUGUCACGUCACUCAAAGGGACUGCAGAUCUUGGGACAAACUCUAAAAGCAAGCAUGCGGGAGCUUGGUUUGCUCAUCUUCUUUCUUUUCAUUGGAGUUAUUCUUUUCUCCAGUGCCAUCUACUUUGCUGAAGUAGAUGACCCUGACACACAGUUUGUCAGCAUUCCUGAUGGGUUCUGGUGGGCUGUGGUGACCAUGACAACUGUAGGUUAUGGAGACAUGUGUCCUAUCACACUUGGGGGAAAAGUGGUGGGCACACUGUGUGCAAUAGCUGGUGUGUUGACAAUUGCUUUGCCUGUUCCUGUCAUUGUCUCCAACUUCAACUACUUCUACCACAGAGAGACAGAAGCAGAGGACAAGGUUCCCAUGACAGAGGCUCUUGAGCAAGCCAUAAAGGCAGAAGAAAGUACCAAACAGGGUAGCAAUCCUUCAGUUAAUAAGGUCAAUGGUAUCUGACAGAGGAAAAGGAGAAAAACUGCUGACUAAGAAAGAACUUUUCAAUCAAGCAGCAAAAAUAGUGGGAAUAUAAAAGGAAUUAAAUUUUAGUGAGAAUGAAUCCAAAGAAUGAACUUAAGAUUGAAUAAAUACUUAUUCUUUUGGUGAAAAAAAUGUUUUAUAGCAACAAACAGGGUGUACCAGACUUGUAUUUAUUUAUUUAUUUAUUUAUUUAUUUAUUUAUUUAUUUUUGUAUGAAAAUGGCACUUUGUGGAUUUACCUGAAAAUUCACUGUUAUUGUUUAGGAAUUUUUGUCAUUCUUCAUUAUUUUAGGUUAACUUCACUGUUUGUUGUCGCUUUAGAUAUGUAAAUCUUUCAUUACUAUCAUUCAAGAUGCAAAUUAAGUGUUAAACAGUUUCAUUUUUAACAUUGUUUUUUUCAUAAACUUUGCCAUUAUUUCUCUUAACCUUAGCUUAUUUUGGUUAAAAGAUAUUUAUGCACAUAUCUUUAUUUGCAACACAAUUUUCAGGCAUUUAAUGUCAAAUGUAGCUAAAGAUGAUCAUAACGAUGACCACAAAUUAAAUAUAUAUAAUGCUCUGCAAAAGUAGUCAUAUUCUUUGAACUUUUACAGAUUUGGUCAUGUUACAACUACAGGCCUCAGUAUAUUUUUAUUAAAACCCUAUAUGGUGAACUAAAACAAACUAAUGCAGAAUUGUGAAGAGGUAGUAUGGCAAGACUUUAAACCCACCACUGUCAUCCAGAUCAACCAACAGACCAUACAAGGAGAGCAUUCAUUAAAAAAGCAGCCAGAAGUCCAUGGUAACACUGUGGAAACCUUAAAAAUCCACAGUUCAGGUCAGCUGAUAGGUUGACUGUUCUAUCAUCCUCUCUGGAAAUCUGAUCCUCAUGGAAGAGUAGCUGAAAGAAAGCCAUUAUUGACUCCAUUAGGAGUCCUGCUUGCAAAAUGCCAAAAGCCAUAUUGGGAACACAUCAAACAAUACAUUGUUUUGACCAGGUUAGAAUGUAACUUUUUGACCUACAUGCAAAAAAUACACCACUAUAUUUCAAUUGCAGUGUUGGCAGCAUCAUGCUGUAGACAUGCUUUUCUUCACAGUAUCGGGAAAGGUGGUAAGAGAUUAUUGAAUAAUGGAUGGAGCUACGUACAGGCAAUUCUUGAUAAAAAUCUAUUAUGACAACAGAAGACUUGGAGGUUCAUCAUCCAGGAGGACAGUGAGCUUAAACAUACAGUAGAUACUAUGUGAUGGAAUGGGUUGAAUCAAAGCCCAGGUCUAUAUUUGUUUGUGAAUGUGUAGUAAGAGUUGAAGAAUUAGUGUUUCCAAUCCCACCCAACAAACCCCUUUGAAAAACCAUUCUGAUUGAACAGCCUUUCAAGGCAUUGUACAAUAAAAUUUUACUGCAAAACCCACGCUUUUAUAAACUGACCAAGAUCUUAUCAGAUAUCUGUUCAAAUUUUGGUAUAUUAUUUUGGUUUGAAAACAUUACUUGUUUAGCCAACCCUAAAAUGUUGCUAAGGAUAAACUUAUUUUGAUUGGAAGUAUGGCCAGGUCUUACCUAAUACAACCAAAGUUCUAAAAUAAAACUUAAAUAAAAAAGCUGACAGAGUUCCCUUAAUUCUGCUUGUGAAAAAUGUUUUUAUGUUUUAUGUGCUGCUGUGUUUGUUUACUUAAAAAUAUUGUUUUCCUAACAAUUUCUCACUUACUUUGAGAUUUUAAAAAAACUACCUACCUACAGUUUAACUUACUCCGCGUUAUGGAUUCCAAUGGAGUGCCUUAAAUUAUAUAAUGUUAGUGUACUGCUGAAUUUGCCAUACGUAACAAUGAUAUUUAAAAAGCAUUUAUCUUCAUUGUUUUCCAUUUCAGGUUGGUUGUUAAAAAAAACCUUUUUUUUCAUUUUUCGUUUAUAAAUUCUAAAAAAAAAAAGUCAUAACUAAGCUAUUCCUUGUUUCCUUUAAGAUAUUUGAAUACAUUUCAAGUAUAGCUAACUAAUGAGAAAAUAGCAUUUAUUUGUUAAUAUAAAUAUAUUAGCUUAUUGAAUAAUUUUUGCAUAAGAAAUGUAUCUUUUUUCAUAGAUGAAACAACAAAAAACACAACGAUCUAUUACAAUGACCGUUAUAUAUAUAUAUAUAUAUAUAUAUAUUGCUUCCCAUCCUGUAUGCUGCAAUGGACAGGUCAUUGUUACUGACUUAAACUUAGCAGAGCCUAAUUUGUAAAUAACUAAUUUACCAACUAUGUAUUGAAUAAAAUGAUAGAAGGGUUUAUAAAUUAGUCAAUUGUAAUAUGAAAUAUUUUAGUUUUAAAAUAGUCUUUGCAUAAUAUGCAAAGAUAUAGCCGACAGCUAUUCCAAGCACAUCCGCUGUCCAUCACAUAUGGGCCACAGUGGGCCUAACUGUGUAUUUACAGAAUGUUUGUAAACCAAACACAAGUUGCAUUUUCUCUUUCAUAAUCAUAUACUGAUUUUGUUUAUUCACAGUAGCGAAGACAUUAUGUAUUAAUAAAGCAAUAAACCACAGCUUUAA